AUGGCACGGGUAUCGGUUUCUCUAGUUUCUGCUUUAGCCUUCUUUUUUGUAGUCAAGGUUGCAUUGGCUGAGUACGAGCCAUAUACUUCCAAAGAAACUUCCUACGAGAAACCAAUUGUGGAAGCUACUGUCAAUGUAUAUCAUCCUAAACCAACUUACGUCAUCCCAAAGGUCUACCCAUCACCAGCUUACGUCGUUCCCAAAGUUUAUCCAUCGCCAGCUUACGUAGCUCCCAAAUAUGCUGGUCCUAAAGUCUACCCAUCACCAGCUUACGCUGCUCCCAAAGUCUACCCAUCACCAGCUUACCACUCUCCUAAAUAUGUCGCUCCCAAAGUUUAUCCAUCACCAGCUUACGUCUCUCCCAAAUAUGCCUCUCCCAAAGUUUACCCAUCACCAGUUUACGUCGCUCCCAAAGUCUACCCAUCACCAGCUUACCAUUCUCCUAAAUAUGUCGCUCCCAAAGUUUAUCCAUCACCAGCUUACGUCUCUCCCAAAUAUGCCUCUCCCAAAGUUUACCCAUCACCAGCUUACGUCGCUCCCAAAGUGUACCCAUCACCAGCUUACGUAGCUCCUAAAUAUGUGUACGCAUCACCACCACUACCAGCUUACGUCGCUCCCAAAGUUUACCCAUCACCAGCUUACGUCGCUCCCAAAGUGUACCCAUCACCAGCUUACGUCGCUCCCAAAGUGUACCCAUCUCCAGCUUACGUAGCUCCUAAAUAUGUGUACGCAUCACCACCGCCACCAGCUUAUGUCGCUCCCAAAUUAUAUCCAUCACCAGCUUAUGUCGUUCCUAAAGUGUACCCAUCUCCAGCUUACGUAGUUCCCAAAUAUGUGUACUCAUCACCAUCACCACCAGCAUAUGUAGCUCCUAAAUAUGUGUACCCAUCACCACCGCCAUCAGCUUACGUCGCUCCUAAGGCCUAUCCAUCACCAGUUUACGUCACUCCCAAAGUAUACCCAUCACCGGCUUAUGUAACCCCCAAAUAUGUGUACGCAUCACCACCACCACCAGCUUAUGUUUCCCCUAAAUACGUCGCUCCUAGAGUCUACCCACCAUCAGCCUACGUCACUCCCAAAGUCUACCCUUCACCAGCUUAUGUCGCCCCAAAAUAUGUCGCUCCCAAAGUCUACCCAUCACCAGCUUAUGUAGCCCCUAAAUACAUGUAUUCAUCACCACCACCACCACCAUCUUAUGUUACUCCCAAGUACGUCUCUCCCAAAGUCUACCCAUCACCAGCUUAUGUCGCUCAUAAAGUCUACCCAUCCCCAGCUUACGUUGUUCCUAAAGUCUACCCAUCACCAGCUUACGUCGUUCCCAAAAUCAACCCGUCACCAGCUUACGCCGCUCCUAAAAUCUACCCAUCACCAGCCUAUGUCGUUUCCAAAAUCUACCCAUCACCUGCAUACGUCGCUCCAAAAUACGUAUAUCCAUCACCACCAUCACCGGCUUACGUCGCUCCCAAAUAUGCCUAUCCAUCUCCACCACCACCAGCAACCUACUACUAA